AAACUUUGAAUUGUUCAUUCCCGAUCACGACUAACACACAGCACCACCUCAACCACCCGUGCUUCACAUCCGUCAAAAUGGCCGGCAAGGACGCUACAAAGGGCAAGAAAGCCGCCCCCAAGGGCUUGAAGCAGGCCAACGCUGCCGCCAAGGCUGCUCUCAAGGGCACCAGCUCCAGCAAGAACCGCAAGGUUCGCCUGAGCACCUCCUUCCACCGCCCCAAGACCCUCGUCACCUCGCGUGCUCCCAAGUACCCCCGCAAGUCGAUCCCUCACUUGCCCCGUCUCGAUGAGCACAAGAUCGUCAUCAAGCCUCUCAACACCGAGAGCGCCAUGAAGAAGAUGGAGGAGCACAACACCCUUGUCUUCAUUGUCGACGUCAAGUCCAACAAGGCCCAGAUCAAGCAGGCCCUCAAGAAGCUUUACGACAUCGACACCCUGAAGAUCAACACCCUCAUCCGCCCUGACGGUUCCAAGAAGGCCUACGCCCGCCUGACUCCUGAUGUUGAUGCCCUCGACAUCGCCGCCAACAAGCUGGCUCUGGUCUAAGGGCUGGUUGGCGAUUGUAGGGAAUGAUUUUAUCGGCGGGUAUGGUCUAUACCCUGAGCAUGGGCAUCGGAAUGGCGCACAAGAGCUAUAUGAUUUUCGGACACAGGCAAAAAUGAUCAUAAAAUUGACCAACCCUUCCCGAUCUU